AUGCCGCCUAAAAAGAAGGGUAAAAAGAGUGGAAAGAAGAAGAAAAGCGGGAAGAAAGCGAAUUCCAACGCGACAGGACUGACUGAGCAGCUGAGCGAGCUCUCGAAGGAGUAUUUCCUGGUCCAAAUACGGGAUCUAGAAGAGCGGCUAGCACGUUAUCAGAAGAAAUGCGACGAACUGGAAAUCGGGAAUAAUGGAUUUAAAUCUCAGUAUGAACAACAGGUUAAUGAUAAGAAAGAAAUUGUGUCGUUUUUGAAAAAACAACUCGAACAACGUGGCGAGGAGCUUGCUGACUUGCAAGAUCGCUUGAUAGGUAGGAUUGAGGAAUUUAUACUGGUGCUGUAGUUUAUUUUCAUAUUAACUAUAACUUGGGGGUAGUUAAUGUACUACUGGUAGAAAAUGGCAUAUGUUCUUUUUAUCAGCCUGAGGGUGUACCCCUGUCCUUGACAUUGCCCCUCAUACACCCACCCCCAUCUUUGUAUAUCCAACUCUUUAUUCAAAUCUUUGCAUCCCUCAUAUUUUGUUCACUCAAAUUUUCCAUGUGGGUGAACCCCAAAAUGUGUUACCCCACCCAUCCACCCACCUUUUUGAAUAAAUUACACCCCUCCCCCACCCCUUGAAUAAAUUACAUCCCUCUCCCCACCCCUUUGAAUAAAUUACACUCCUUUGGAAUGCCCACAAACAUUCUCAAAACAUUUGGUCAGCAGUGAUGUUAAAUCCUGUAAUGUCUAUUGUCUAUGCUGGUACCACCACUGCUUGUCCCAAUGCCCCUAAGACAAUGAGACUUUCUAAGGCCUGUUUCGAACGUCGCACUUCUCAUGUGCCGAAUGCAUUAGAGACAAUAGAUAAUGAGGCAUUUCAGCUGAUUAUCUAUUGUUUUUAAUGCGUUUGGCACAUGAGAAGCGUGACCUUUGAAACUGAUAGGGUUAUCCAGUGUAGAUAAAGUUAGUUUAGUUUCAAAGGUAAAUUUAGCAAUGAGUGAAAUACAUUGCUGUCCCCAAAAUCCCAGGUUUACAACAAGCAAAAGAUGCUGAAAAAGACCAGUAUGAAGUGCAGCUUGCGACCAUACGUACAGAAAUGCAGGAAGUGAAGGACCAGUUAACGUCAGAGAACAUGGUCCUUGGCGGAAAGCUGGCCUCGCUUGAAGAAUUCAAAGUUCAGAAAGAAGACUUGAUGGCAAAAUUUGCCAAACUUGAGAAAGAACUAGAAAGCAAUAAAGUGGAACACAAAGAUGUGAUUUAUAACUUGGAGAGAAAAGCAGUUGUUGAUAAAGAUAGGUUAGAUAUUUUAAAUUGUGAAGCAUGCAGCUACCCCACGCUCCAUAUGCCUUGGUCAGAACCACGGUUAUAUACAGGGCUCCUGAGAUGUUGUGCAGGGACCGUGGCAAAAUUUUUUUUUUAAGCAAUCUUGUUUCAAUACAUUUUAAGGGCCUUCAUUGCUUUUGGGGCCCCUUUUGAGCUUGGGGUCCAGGGCAAAGUGCCCCGCCUCUUGGUGGACUUGCAUGGUUAUAUGUGUGACAUUGAAGGUCAAUUUUGCAAGACACAGCAAACUGCAAAUUCCCACCUGUUGCUCAUUGUUUUGACAUAUUUGUGAUACAUUGAAACUGUUGAAAAAAAAUUUCAUAAAAAAAAUUUCAGGUUAAAAAAAGAAAUGAUACUACGCGUUAAUCAAGUUGCGGCUGAGUUUAGAAAAGUUUCCAACAAACAGAUGGCGGAGACAACGAAGAGAACGAUACGAGAGAAUGUCUCGAUUAACGCCCAGCUGUCCAAGAUGUCAGACAAGACAAUGGAGUUGAUUGAAGAGAAUGAUCAACUUCGAGAAAAAGAAAAGCAGAUGAAGCAACAUAUUGAUAUGCUGGAGUUUAAUGAAAAGGAGCUGGCUAAGAAGAAUUCUAGUAACCAAAAGGUAGCAGGGCUUUUAUAAAACAUAGGCCUGUUUCAAACGUUGCGCUUCUGAUCAUGUGCCGAACGCAUUAAAAACAAUAGAUAAUCAGCUGAAAUGCCUCAUCUAUUGUUUCUAAUGUGUUCGGCACAUGAGAAGCGCGACGUUUGAAACAGGCCUAGUGCUUUGGUUAAAACGUAGAUCAAGACAAUUUUUAUAUUUAAUUAAGAACCUCAAUUUAAAUACGGGUUCUCAUAAAAAGUAGACGAAUACAUUUCAUUGUUGUUCAUUGAUCUCUAGAUUAUCCGUAUGCUUGCCGCGAAAGCGAAGGAUCAAGAAGACAGGAUCUUGGAUUUUGAAGAAAAGAGCACGCAAGAUCAAGAUUUGGAAGAUGAAAUUGAACUUUAUCAAAAACAAGUGGAAAGUAUUAAAGAGGAAUUGAAGGUACGUUCGUUGAUUUGAGUGGCAGUACUCUCACCUUGACGAGUAAGAACGUCUGGCGUGAGACAGAGUAAAGUAAUAAAGUAGGGUGCAAUACAGCUUAAUGGGUUAAACAGCAUGUAUUGCUAAUUUUCUCCAGAUAACCACGAUAAAGAACGAGGAUUACGAGAUUGAAAUGGAAAAAGUGAAAAAAGAUCGCGAGGUUGCGAUGAAACAAAAAGACGCGUUGGUCAAAACUUUAUCUGAAGCUGCAAAUGCAUUGGAAUCCUCUCUUAAGGUAUUGUAGUUCUUUCAGCCGAGACCUUUUCCACUGGAAUACGUUGGUAGCACGUGGUUAAUGCAUGUUGCUUCUGCAAAUGCAACCACUUUUUGACUUCUUCAACUUCUGAUAAUAAUUUCGUGAAGAGUGCUUCCCAUCGAAUAUGGCAUGGUUUCUCUUGUUGUAACACUGGAUCAAUAAGAGAUGAUCCUAACUCGAUCUCUAUAUAGAGAGAACAGUUUAGAACUGAUAGAGAUAUCCAAUAUAAAUAAAGUUAGGUUAGGUUUCCUUCUGUAGUAACACUGGAUCAAUAAGAGAUGAUCCUAACUCGACCUCUAGGGAGAACAGUUUAGAACUGGUAGAGCUAUCCAGUAUAAAUAAAGUUAGUUUAGUUUAGGUUUCCUCCUGUAGUAACACUGGGUCAAUAAGACAUGAUCCUAACUCGACCUCUAGAGAGAACAGUUUAGAACUGAUAGAGAUAUCCAGUAUAAAUAAAAGUUGCCUCUAUACUAGAUAAAAACGGACGUAGAGGAAGUCAUUGGUGCAGAAGAAAUCAAACACAGAUUGGACGCAGAACGCGAAGGUUUACUUCAGAUUUUACUGGAAAUAUUAAACAGCGCAGCCGAGUAUGGGGUGGGGCCUCAUGCUAGAAAUUUCCGUCCAAUGAGUGCCUCGCACACUGGCGCUGAUCUCAGCAGACAUAUUCGCAGAAAAACAAGGUAGGUUAAUUGAUAAAGCUGUAUGAUUCUAAUUUACAGCUCAAAGAAAAGAAGUAUACGUGGACGGUGGACAAUAAUGCAAACGUGGAGGUCCGUCCACUGCAUGUAGUAUUCUACAUUAUAAUAUAGCAUUUGUAAAUUCUGAACGCUGAUUGGCUAAGAGCCGUGAUGAUAUAACUCAAUGUCAACACGGGAAAUUUUCCGCCGCUUGUAAACACGGAAAUUUUUCUUAUCCUUCGGGCUUUUGACAUUGCUAUAUUAUAAAAAAAAUAUAAAACAUUUUUUCCGUAUUGAUAAAUAGUUAUAUCAACACUCGUGGAAGUUGGGAAAACUCGAAAUUGUAUGAAAACACUCCGCCCUUCGGGCCUCGUGUUUCCAUACAAUUUCUCGUUUUCCCAAUUCCACUCGUGUUGAUAUAACUGUAUAUCAACACGGAAAAUGUUUUAUAUUUGUUAAAUAUGCUGCAGUGGUUUAUGUGGUUUGAACUACACACGUAAAAACGCACAAGUUGUAACAAACCUGCAGCAGACUUGUAGCAAUUCUGCUCCAACAACUUAUCAACAGGAUGUGUUCGCACGUGAUCAGGUUGAGCUGCGUCCUUCACAAUGGAUGAGUUGCCGGUUCGCAGGCCCCCUUUGUUUUGCGCGGCCCCUUGGCGAUCCCAUAAUACAUUGCUGGCGAUCCCAUAAUACAUUGUAUUAUUUGCAAAUACAAUAUUGGUAUUAUGGGAUCGCCAGGGUGCAAUUGGCCGCGAAAAACAAAGGGUCAGUGAAAGGGGGCCUGCGAACCGGCAACUCAUCCAUUCAGCUUAGCUCUCAGCUGCAAGUAAGGAUGAUUAGCACACCCCACUUACUUACUUACCCCCACUUACUAACAUAAAUACAGUCAAGUGUACUUUGUUGUUGCAUUCAAAUCGAACGGUCAAACUUUGCAUUGUUUUUAUACGCACUUUUAAGGAACAUUUGAAAAAGACAAAUUCAGGAUCCGAGAAACUUUAAACACUUUUUCCAGGUCUGACGGCAGCAACAACAUGAAUACCAACAAAUAAUUCAUGUUCAAUUUUCUCUCUCUUAAAUAUAGGUCGUCUCUUCCAGCUGGGCUACGCCCACCCUCCAGACCACUUCCACAUUAUAAACUGGGCGAUUUAGGCAUUGUACCCAGGGCUAAACCAAAACUUGGUCCAGUGCACACCAAAUUAACAACGACACGUGAAACGAGAUCUAUUGGCGUCCAAACAUUUAGCGCUCAGAAGGUAAUAUCAUAGAUUUUGUAUCUUUUGUUGUAGUACACAGCCAUAGUUAAUAGAAAUACUAAUACAGCUAGCUAAUUCAGUUGUUGCCAUGGAGGGUUUCAGUCUUUCAGUAAGCGUUUCCCGGCAAUACGGUGGUCAAAGAAGCAAGAAAAUUAACUACAUACUCUCAUAGUUAACAUUAUUUUCUCACUCUAAUAACUACAGACCACCAUUUGGUGCACGAAGCUACUUAUAAGUAAAACGCACGUAUUAUUAGCCAGAGUUCAAUAUCUUUCCUUAUGUACUAAAUAAGCAAGCCUAAACGUUUGUAUUUUCUUUUUUAUAGGCGAUGUUCUUUGCUGAUCAACUGCUUACUAAAGACAAAGGCCAUGUCGAUAAACCAAUCAUUCAUUCAGGAAUUAAAACUGAUAUUUCUGUUUUACAAGGCAAAGUCAGGUAG